AAUGAGAGGCAAGUAGCUAGCCGCGUGAAAAUCGGUGGUUUUCCACCAGGAUUCUAACGGGAAUGUCAGUGCAAAAGAAGUUUGUGUUAGGUUUCUUUUCAUUCAUUUUUUUUAUCUUCAUCGUCGGGUUUAUCACCGGUUAUUUUUCCUGCCCGGGUGCUGAGUACUCAAACUGCUGUGGCGCCAAAAAUGAAAAUGAUGACACAUCAAGAAAAUUACUUGAGCAAGAAGCUUUCGAACUAAUUUCAGGACGGAAGAUCGCCUAUUAUCUAAAGUAUUUCGCAAAUAAUGCACAUCUUGAUGGGACAAACGACAGUUGUGCGCAAGCGCUGUUCAUCAAAAACGAAUGGAAUUCAUUCGGCUUCGAUGCUGUGCAGUUGAAGCGUUAUGACGUUCUACUGUUGUAUCCCGAGAGGCCUAGCGUGCUGUCAGUGAAUACUCAGAACGGAACCGAAGUUUAUUCUUCAAUUCUGAAAGAAGAUUCAACUAACAAAGAUAAUGGUCCAAAGCACGCUAUUCCUUUUAGCACCAAUUCAGCUUCUGGUGCAGUGUCUGGUAAACUGGUGUAUGUCAACUAUGGAAGAGAGAGUGACUUCAACUACUUGGACUAUACAAACAUAUCGUGUAAGGGAAAAAUUGUGAUGCUACGAUAUGGAAGAAUAUCUGAGGCCGAUAAGGUUACCAAUGCACAAAAAUGGUCGGCAGCCGGAGUCUUGUUAUAUGUUGAUCCUUCUGACUAUUCUGGUAACACAACACUUCUAUGGUACCCAAGUAAUGAGGGACCGAGUAUGGGCCUAUGGGUCAACAGAGGAGACCCAGUAACGCCUGGUUACCCAGCCACAGCUGGAAUUUACAGAGAGACAAUAGAUGAUAUUCCAUUCCCCAAGAUCCCUGCGCAGCCAAUUCACCAAAGAGAAGCGGAAAUUUUAUUAAGGAUGCUUAACCAUACAACCCCCCCCCAGGACUGGCAGGGUGGACUAAACUUUGACUACAGAAUACAGAUGAAGCCAAAUGACACAAGAACGGUCACUUUGAACGUGAGUCUUUCCCUCGUUGAAAAAUACGUUUGUGAUACAGUUGGAACCAUCAAAGGGAAAAUAGAACCAGAUCGUUAUGUACUACUCGGUAGCCACCGUCCAUCAAGCGGCACAGCGAUUCUCAUGGAGAUCACAAGGAUCCUUCUUUCUGUUCGAAAGAAAGGUUGGUUUUCCCGGCGAAGCAUGAAAAUUUGCAGCUGGGGAGCAGGUGAAUACGGAAACAUAGGAUCUAUACAAUGGAUCGAGGAGUAUCAGAAAAUCCUCGAUGCACGUGCGGUAGCCUACAUCAAUGUAGAUAGGGCUGGAGAAGGUGAAAUAGUGAUGACAUUAAGUCCGUUGUUGGAACAAAGAGCCCUUCAGACAGCAAAAAAGGUCACUGCCCCACAGAACAUAUCAAAGACGUUGUAUUCAAUGUGGAAGGAGAAAGAUUCUCAGCAAGCUGGAAAUCAAAGCAACCUCUCGUUGUUUGAUAGAGCAGGAAGAGGGUGCUUUGCUUUUGAGUACAGGAUUGGUGUGCCAUGUGUGGAUAUAGCGGCCUUUCAACCUGAUCAAACGUCUGGAAAUUAUCCAGCUCAUAUACCACGCCGCCACUCAUCGGAAACCAUCAAAUACUACCUGACAUUUGCGCAGCUUUGGCUACAAAUGGGCUUUGAUAUCGCAGGCUCGGUAUUCACACCUUUUAAUGUGGUUCGUCAAGCUGAGGCCAUUUGUCGCCUUGUAAAUGAUCUAUCGGUCAAAUACAGCAGCUCACUGAGGACAAAUAAUAUUACCUUAGAGUUUUUGAUAAACGCCACCCAAGAGUUACAAGCAGUUGCAAAUGAGUUUCAAAGAAAUUUGAAAACCCAAGACAAUGAAGAUGCAUUGCAGGUUCGAAUAAUCAACGAUCGCUUACAACAGCUUAACAGAGCCUUCAUUAACAACAAGGGGCUUUCAUAUAGGCCUUUCUUUAGACACGUGGUGUUUUCUCCAACUUAUUUUAAGUCCGAAGCAUAUACUAAGUUCCCUGGUAUUAUGGACUCAUUUUAUAUUGCGAAUGAACAAGGAAAGAAGAAAGACUGGCAGAGAGUUCAAAAGCAGAUAUCUGUUGUGAUACAAGCCAUUCGCUCUGCUAUCACAAUCCUGCGGCCCUAAGAGUCUUGGAGGCAAUUGGAUGGAAGUCAAGAUAUGGGAGUGUUCUUAACUAAGUUUUGAUUUAAUACGUUACUACUUCACUUUAUACAAAAGCCUUAUCUUUGAUGACAAUCUGACAAGACUGUGCUCUCCCUGAAGUUCAUAAUAUCCUGACAAAGGAGAGAAUCCAAGAUUUUAAUUCUCUCUACCUAAUGCUCGCGGUUUUAGAGGAAGCAGAAGUCAGUCGGCUAAGAAGAUGCACAACUGCUAUACCCGUAAAAAUAGCUAUUGAAUAAAUUGGAAACAUUAAAAAUUUCAGGAUUUUUAAGGACUUAAAGAUAAGGCCAGUACGUUCUAGGAAUGAGGAGAAAGUGAUAAAACGAAUAACAUGAUUUUGAUGAAAAAAUACGGGAUUGAGAUUCGACACCUAGGAAUUACCCCACGCUAUGAAGGAAAAAAAAUGGAAAAAGAUGAAUUAGAGCGUAAUGUAGAUUUACGAGCGCAUUGCUAUUAGCAAAAUCUCAUUUUUCAACAAAGAUGAGCGUCAAGAAUUACUCCAAGAUAUCGAAUAAAGUUUCUUCAUUUAAGAUUUUUCCAUUUAUGGAUAAUCUAGGUUUAUAUUUUUUCGUCUUUGGAUGGGGAAGAUGACGAAAAUAGACUUGAUAAUCUUUAGAGAAAGCUCAGUUACAAGCAGAGAGCCAAGUUUCAACAUUAAGGAGUUAAGCAUUUAUCACAAAAUCUAAUACGGUCAGACUCUUUCCAGAAUAAAAGACAUUUGCAUCAUCGGAAAAAGGUGGCAGUCUAAUUUCGUUAAACAGUGAUGAAAAUCAUUAAUGUAUAGCAGAACAUUAAAUCA